UGGGGGGAGCCGGUUUCGAGUGAGGGCGGGUGUGUCUAGGCAACGGCCGGGAGCGUGCGGCUCAGGCUCUCGAGCCUUUUAAAUGUUGGCUUGAAACGGCCGUUUGUUCAGCUCGAGCGGAGGGCGGUGCGACGCAUUAACUUAAACACGGGAGGCGGUGGUGGAGUCCGGAAAUGUCAGUAUGCCAGAUCGAGGUGAAUGUUCGAUUAUAUGCACUGAUAUGAGUGGCUUGUGAUCAGACAUAAUGGGAACUGCGGAUGCUGGAGAAUCCGAGAUAACAAAGUGUGGAGCUGGACGAACACAGCAGGCCAAGCAGCAUCUUAGGAGCACAAAAGCUGACGUUUCCGGCCUUGUGAAUUCGGUUUCAUGCUUUUAAAUGUUCAAGCUAAAAAUAAAUAACAUUGGCCUUGUGAGCAGAGUGGAAAAGUGCUGGGGAAUGAGUUCAAUGAUGUCGGUCCUUAGGAUUCCCAAAUCCUUCAGUUCUUUCACUUAUCCACAGCAGGCACAGAGCAACUGCUUCACAAAUUAUAAAGUCUGAUGUAUUGGUUAAAAGCAUCAGCUUACAACAACUGUAAAUUUUCAUGGAUUUGUACCAUGAUCGGUUUCUUAAUCGGAGUUACUAAAGAAAUUGAUGAAGUUGCUUUGGACGAACGUUAACCUUCGCCUUUGCUGCUUUAUGACAGUAUUGCAGCAGUACCAAGCAGAACAAUUCAUAUGCACUUGAUACGACAAUGUCAUCUACUAAUGUGAUCGCUAGCCACAGAUCAGACUGGGUCUCCUUUGAUGAUGAUACACAAUGCACAGUGCAUGCAGGAGAAGCAGCUGGAGAUCAAAGAAGCUAUUCACCAGCCUCACCUGCAACACUUGGAGAUGAGAAUUAUCUGGACCAUACAAUCCAGCAAUCCUCCUCAACUAUUCAAGCUAGUCCUUUUGUCGGAAGCCAGCAUAGUUUUGUGUGUCUAACACAAACGGUAUCUGUGCCUAGUGGAUGGAUUCGUUUUGACGAUCAACUUUGGCCUAAUCCUGCACCACUCCACCCCCCGUCAACAGGUUCAAGAGGGCUUGCUACCUCAAAAGGUAGCUGGACAAUCCAUUCUGAAGAACUCAGUAAUGUGAGUUUGGCUGUGUCUAACACAGAUUUACAUUCUACUGAUACAGAUGAUCUGCACAGUGGCAAUAUUUCCAGACCUGAGACUCCAGAUACAGGCUCUUUUUAUCAUCACAAUGGAACUAGCAUGGAAACAGUGAAUAAAAAUCCUGAUAACAUGCAGCUGAAUGGGUGCAAAAUGUCAACGGCACGCUUUUCAAGUUGGGUGACAUUUGAUGAUGAUCCAGAUCUUGUUUCACCAGUACAAACAUCUCUUCUAAAACUGGGAAUUUCUCACAACUCCACAGCUCAAGAAAAUGAUAAGGUUCUUCAUGAGCCUCAAACUGGCAAUGUAAAAACAGCAUCAAAGAAUAAUUUGGUGGAUUUUUCUGCUGAAGAAAAAAACGACGUACUUGCACUAAUUAGUCCAACCAUAAACCCAUUUUCACCAGUUCGCACUACUAACCCUUUCUUGGAUGAAGCUUUACGUGAUGUCCAGCCAUCACCAAUCAAUCCAUUUCAAGCAUUCUUUGACCAAAAUGAAAAGCCAGCCUUGGUGAACUCAUCAGCAAACACAUCACAGAUCUUUCAACAACAAAAUGUGCCUGACUGUCAAUUUUCUGAUUCACAUCCCAGUUAUCAAAAGGAUUCUGGUCCUACAUCAGGUCAUUCUCCAGAUUCUAUUUCCCCUUAUUUUGGAAAUUUAAAUGAUCAAAGGAGUUUAGUUGUGUUCAAGAAUUCUCCAGAUCUGGCCUCUCCACUUCCUGCUGUAAGUACUAAAGAUCAGGGGGAUUCUGUUUUCAUUAAUUCUUUGAAUUCAGUGCCCUCAUUUUCUGAUGUAAAAGUCAGAAAUCAAAGGGAUUCUAUUAUUUUCAGUGAUGAUGAUGAUCUGGUUCCCCCAUUUCCUGAUGGAAACCCUAAUACUCAGAUGAAUUGUUCAGUAAUCAUGAAUUCUGAAGAUGUGAUCUCACAACUUCCUUCUGCAAUUGUAAAUGAUGUAAAAAUCAGUAGUCGAAGGGAUUCCAUUAUGUCAUUUGAUCACUGUCCAGACUCCUCAUUUUCCAGUUCUCGCAACAAUGGUCAAAGAGAUUCUUUUAUGUUAAGUAAUGCUUUAAAUGCCACGUUUAGAGAUAACCCAAUAAACUACAGCCCUCAUCUUGAAACUCUAACUCAGCUUAAGCAAAUUAAAAUUGUGGAUACAGGCCAACUUGAUAGUCCUACCUUACCUGAUGAUCCUUUGCACUCCCCAGAUGCAGAAAGCUAUACAUUUAACUUUAACUACCUGCAGCCUAUGGAUGGUUGGCCAAUGAUGUUGAGAAUACCUGAAAAAAAGAACAUAAUGUCAUCAAGACACUGGGGACCUAUAUAUGUGAAAGUGCUAGAUAAUGGAUGUUUACAACUCUUUUAUGAAAAGGGUCUUGAGAAGCCUUUUCGGGAAGUUCAACUUCUGCCCUGCCAUGAGCUGUCUGAACUGAAACUUCAGAACUUUGAUGAAAAUGGGAAAAUACACACUAUAAGAAUAGAUCAAGUAUCAUACAAGGAAAAGCGGAAAUAUCAUCCCAUGCUAACAGUAGUACAGGCACCAGUUCGGGUGCAGGUGAUGAAACUGGGCACCACAAGUUACGAAGAUUAUGUAAGUUUUGUGACUACAGUUCAGGAUACACUAAUGAAAUUGCCGAGUGUCAGAGAUAUUUGUGCUAAUUACUUUGAAGAAGAGAUAACUGUGGAAGUACAGGAUGAAUUUAAAGGUAUUGUGGCUAAAGCAGAGAAUAGACUCAUCCAGCAUUCUGUGGUCACCCAUGUCAGUGUUCUGGCUUUUGUGUCUGGGAUGCCAGAAUGUAGAAUGGGCUUAAAUGAUGUUCAGAUGAAGGGACAUGAAGUUGUGUCAAGGCAUGACAUUAUUCCCACAACCACAACUAAGUGGAUUAAAAUGAACAACUGCCAGUUCCAUAAAUGUGUGGCUGUUGAUGAAUUCAAAGAUUCCAGAUUAAUUAAGUUUUUACCAUUAGAUGGUCAUAGGUUUGAAUUGAUGCGUUUCAGGACUACCUUUGGUGAAAAGACACUUCCUUUCUCACUUAAAACCUUAGCAACUGUUAAGGGUGCUGAAGUGGAGCUUCAGUCUUGGUUGGUGAUGUCAUCAGGAUUUGUAUCCAAUCGGGAUCAAUUUGCAGCAACGCCUUGUGAAAAUGUGAUGAUUCGGUAUCCAGUGCCAACAGAUUGGGUUAAGAACUUUCGACGAGAGGGUGUCUUACGAGAAAAGUCCCUGAAAGCCAGAGUUAACAGGAGUGCCAGCUUUGGUAGUGCUAGCGUAUCUGGCUCAGAGCCUGUAAUGAGAGUAACAUUGGGAAGUGCCAAGUACGAACAUGCCUUUAAGGCUAUUGUUUGGCGAAUCAACAGACUUCCAGACAAAAAUUCAGCUUCAAGCCAUCCACAUUCUUUUUACUGCCACCUUGAACUGGGAUCUGAUCGGGAGGUGCCUGUUAGUUUUGUCCACUAUGUGGAUGUGGAAUUCGACAUGCCCAGUGCUUCAGCAUCCAAAGCAGCAGUUAGAUCAAUUGGAGUGGCCAAUAAGAAUGAAGUGAGAAAAUGGGUUGUUUACAAAGCUCAUUACAGUUAUCAGGUGGAAAUGGAACAGAAAAAGGUUCAGGCUCCAAACGUCGACACUAUAGAAACCGAUCAUCCAAAUGAGUGCAUUCAUCAAUGAACCCUUCUAAAUUCAGAGGCAACAUAAUCAACUUGGUACUUUUACAAAGGAAAUUCAACCUAUCAAUAUAUCAAGUAGCAUAAUGCUGCCAUCAUACAAGUUUCAAGCACGGAAGAGAGCAAAAAGGAAAAUUUUGAUUUCAGUAUUUCAUGAAUUUGAUUGGGUCAAGAUACAGUGACGGGAACAUGGAUGACUGAACAAAUGUGGAUUCAAUUCCUCUGAACAGAUUUAAUGGUCAUUCUCACCAAAUAACACAUAGCCAAUUUUGUUUUUAAUCUUGUGCGUACUUGGAACCUUUAGCAGAGUUGGAAAAUGUGGGGAAUACAAGUCAUUUUAGGGUAAAACAUUGAUCUUUAUUUUGUUGUUGUUUUCCCAUGUCUUGGUGGUAGAAGGACAGAAUCAUCACACAUUUGUAUUCAGCAGCCCUCCUUGCCCUUGCCUUGCUGUUCAGUGUGUGUCUGAGAUUGAGGUUUUCUGCUGGAUUUUUUUUUCAAAUGGAUAUGAACUAAAAAUGUUUAAACAUGCACUGGUUCAUUCCUCUGUUCUGCUGAAAGAUGAUAGUUUUCAAACCACUUGAUCAAUUUUUUUUUAAAAGCAUUGUUAAAAUGAAUAGCCUUUGGAACAAUGAGAUAUAUCCUCUACUUAUUGUGAAAAUUAAAUGUUUUGCAGAGCUGCAAUCAAAAUUUAUUUGAUUUUAUUGCCAAUAUUCUCUUUCAGCUCCUCAAUGCCCUGAUUUCUUAGUUAAAUACUCAUGACAGGAAUUCUGAGUCACGCUAACUAGGAGGACUGGCCCAAGCCCCAGUCAGAGGUGGAUUUGCUGAUCUAUCUUCUACAUCAGUGUUAUAAUUAGCCUCAGCAUCUCUGGGUUAGCAAAGAAAAAAAUCAGCUCAAAUUUGUGGCAUUUAUGAAAUUCACUAUGAACUACUCAGUAUCUUGAUUCACAAAUUAAGUAGGUCUAGAAGGCUGCCAGUUUCUGUCAAAAACACAAUCAAUCAAUAAUCUCAACAGAAAACACUUGUUUAAGGGUUUUUUUGAUUGUUGCUAAAUCUCUAUAACUUCUGCAAUUAUGGUAAUUAUUUUCCUAUGACGAAAAUUAAAUCUUUAUCGAUCUAUUAAAUUUUAAAAAUCGAAUUGUAAUAAAUAGGUCAGUACUAGGAUCUGAUAAUUAUGGAUGUAAACUGUAAAUUAGUAUGUCUAGGAUACCAGGUGAAUUGUACAAGAGCGCAAAAGGUGAAUGUAAGGGGAACGAGAAGGAAAACACAACUGCAAUAUGUAUGUCAAAUUUCUGCAUUGGAUUCAGAUUCCUUGUGUCACAGCAUUCUUAGGUUAGACAUUGACUACUGUGAUACUUGCAUCGUAAGAUAGCUUGACUAAAAUAAUGUUGAACAAGUAUUGGUAAUGUUAACAAUAUAUCACUAAUGUUGCAAGACUUCUCUAUUAGAAUUGCACAAGGAAUUGGAGGAAGGAUAUUAAAUCUUUUAGCUAGUGCAAAGGAAAUUCAUUAGAAAAAUAUCAGGAAGCUGAGACUUUGAUUAUGUGGAGAGGCUAGAAAGACUUGUUCUUCGAGCAGAGAGGUUAUGGGAAGCGUAAGAGUAGAAUUUUAGGUUGGAAGAGUUUUGAUAUGGUGAAAAUGUUUCCACUGAUAGAACAAUAGAUAACCAGAGGAUGCAGAUAUGUGAAAAUGAGCAAAGAGCCAGAAAGAAAAAUGUCUUCUCUUUCCACAGAAAAUUAUGAUCUGGAAUGGAUGGUGGAAUCACAUGCGAUCUAAUCCUUUCAAAAGAGAAUUAGAUAUAUUUGAAAAAGAGAAAUUUGUAUGGAUG